UCUGCCACCAAGGUAACUGUUUCUAUAGUAACGCACUAACAAACCCCCGCAUCAUUUGCUAGCGCUAGCUGUUGCCAUAAACUUGUUUGUUAGCCAGCGAGUAGCUUGUUGUUUGUAAAAUACUGAGGUCUGGCUGAAAUCCGCAGAAAAGUAUGCCUCAGAGUAGGACAUCAACAUCCACGCGGCUAUCCAGUAACAGUGGUCGCACACUCCGCUACCGGACAAUCGCCCAUACUUCCCACGUAGAUGAAACUCUUUUUGGAAACUUUAAAAAGAAUGAUUUGAACCAUGCUAAAGAAACCCAGUCUUGCUCUGCUCCUACCACCAAGGAACAAAAACCCAAGGCAAUCAAAGUUAUCACCAAGGACCUUAUCAGGAACAUAAGAAUUCCUAAGAAGGAUCCAUCUGGACAGUCGGUCAUUCUUUGCACGGGUGAAAUCGAGCGCAUCAAAAACAAGUCUCGUGUGCUCACAAAAGAGGAGAGAGAGGCAGCACUGAAAAACCAGCACAAAGCUCUGGAAGAAACCUUGAAUUCUGCCGGUGAGAGGAAGGUGCUCAUAAAGCAGGCAGACUUGUCCCGUCAGAAGAACGAAGCCCUUAGCGAGCUGGAAGUCGAGGCUAGGGAGCGUGAUCAGUACUUAUUGGAGAGGGCAAAUGCUCUAAGAAUCGAGCAAGAGGAUGAGAUCAAGAGGCUUAACGAGCUGAUUCUGGGGGCGCAGUGCCAUGCAGUGAGGGACGCCCAGAUCAAGGAGAAGCAGCAGAUUCUCUCUGAGUUGCAGAAGGAGCAGGAUAGGCUGGAUGCCAUGAUGGAGGUGGAGCGUCAGCGAGCUCUUCGGGCUCAGGAAGAGAAUGACGAGCGACACAAAAAUCAGAGGAUCCAGGGGAAGAUGCGCAUCAUAAAACAGAUUGAGGAGCGUCAGGAGGAGCGCAUGCUGCAAAAUGAGCUGAAGGAACAGGAAGGGCAGCAGUUGCUGGAGAACUUGGCAAAGUUGCAAUUAGAGGAGUUGGAGGCUAUGGAAAAGAGGAUGGAAGAGCAAAGAAUUCUGCAGCAGGACAUUCUGAAAAUCAAUGAGGAAACUCUGCGUGCCAAGGAGCGCAGGCAAGAAGAGGAGAGACAGGCUGAUCUUCAAGCCAUGGAAUACACACGCAAUAAAAUGUUGCGAGAGGAAGAGUAUGAGGCUGAACAGAAACGUCUCAAGAAAGAGAAGGAGAUCGAAGUGGCACGAAUGAGAGCUCUACAGGAAAGAGACAGAGACGUUAAGGCUGAACGGGAUGCGCUCAGGGCUCGUAGGAACCAGGAGGCUGCUGAAAGAGAAUGGCGAAGGAAAGAGAAAGAGCAGCUCAUGAAAAAGCUGGAGGAGAAUGAGACAUUGAAGGCUGCUCGUCUAAAACAGAUCACCCAUAAAGAGCGCAUGCUGUCUAUUGAAGCUGGACGAGAACGGGCUGAGUUUGAGAGGCUCCUGAGAGUUCAGCAAGACCUCAUCGAACAAGAGAAGGAGAAGGAGGAACGGCAUCAGCAGCAGGUCCUGCGUCACGCUGAGGGGGUGCGGCAGCAGGUCCGGGUGCGGGAGGCUCAGGCCAUCGCUCAGAGGAGAGAGAUGUUCCGUGAAGGGGAGAAACUGGAUGAAGAAGCCCGGAAUCGUCGAGCCUAUCUGGACGAGAUUAAACAGAAGAAGUUAAAGGAGCUGAGGGAGGCUGGACUUCCAGAGAAGUACUGCAAUGAGGUGGAACGGAAGCUUCAUGUCUUAUCGAAGCCGUUGCGUUGAAUGUGGAUAGUCUACAGAUUUGCAUCAAUUUCAACAAUAUAGAAAACUGUGCAAUAAAAAAAUAAUUUAAUAAAAUUUAAUCUCAGCUCUUACACAAAUGUAUUGUCAUUAAUUAUUAUUUUUUAAAGUUGGCUGCAUAUGAGGAUGUGAUUCUCAUUGUCUAUUCCAAAGACCUUCGCAUGACUGUGUUUUCUCAAAAGUUACUGAUUUAUAAUAUACAUU